CUGCAGGCUGGGCCUCGGGAUUGCAUCAGGGCGUGCAAAGGGAGACCUUCAGCCCAGGAGACGGAAGAGGAGGCGGCGGCCAUGGCUUUGCUCAGAGGUGUGUUCAUUGUUUCUGCCAAGAGGACUCCAUUUGGGGCUUAUGGAGGCCUGCUCAAGGACUUCACUGCCACAGACUUAACGGAGAUUGCAGCACGCUCAGCCCUGGCUGCUGGCAAAGUGUCUCCCGAAAUCAUUGACAGUGUGGUUGUGGGCAAUGUCAUGCAGAGCUCUGCGGACGCUGCUUACCUCGCGCGGCACGUGGGUUUGCGUGUUGGAGUUCCCGUCCCAGUUCCUGCCCUAACAGUCAACAGAUUGUGUGGAUCAGGCUUCCAGUCCAUCGUCAAUGGAUGCCAGGAAAUUUGCCUUAAAGAAUCGGAGGUAGUGCUGUGUGGUGGAACAGAAAGUAUGAGCCAAAGUCCAUAUGCUGUCCGAAAUAUCCGCUUUGGAACAAAAUUAGGAGCCGAUCUCAAGCUAGAAGACACACUGUGGGCAGGGCUGACAGAUCUGCAUAUUAAAACCCCUAUGGGGGUUACGGCUGAAAACCUUGCUGCGAAAUACAACAUCACAAGGGAAGACUGUGACCGCUAUGCAGUAAAGACACAGCAGAGGUGGAAAGCUGCCCAAGAAGCCGGACACUUCAAAGCUGAAAUGGCACCUAUUGAAGUGAAAACCAAGAAAGGCAAGCAGAGCAUGGAGCGGGAUGAGCACCCUCGACCGGAGGCGACUCUGGAACAGUUGGCAAAGCUCCCUACAGUUUUCAAGAAAGAUGGGACCGUCACAGCUGCAAAUGCAUCGGGGGUAUGUGACGGGGCCGGAGCACUGAUCAUAGCGAGUGAAGAAGCCUUGAAAAAGCACAGCCUCACGCCACUGGCUAGAAUAGUAGCCUACCAUGCGUCCGGAUGCGACCCCAACAUCAUGGGCAUUGGUCCAGUGCCUGCUAUUACUGAAGCCCUGAAGAAAGCUGGCCUUUCCCUGAAAGACAUGGACUUAGUUGAGGUCAAUGAGGCUUUUGCUCCACAGUACUUGUCAGUAGAGAAGGUUUUGGAUCUGGACCCAGAGAAAACAAACGUCAAUGGAGGAGCCAUUGCUUUGGGUCACCCACUGGGGGCAUCAGGUUCAAGGAUCACUGCUCACCUGGUUCACGAACUAAGGCGCCGUGGAGGUAAAUAUGCAGUCGGUUCGGCUUGCAUUGGAGGAGGCCAAGGUAUAGCUGUUAUCAUUGAGAAGACAGCCUAAAGGAAAUUCGAGAAUCUUGGAUGGACUCUCCACCAACUGUUACAUGCUCACUAGAAGAAUUUAGAGAGGAGGAGGAGGAGAUGGCCCCACUUGUUUGCAAAUCCACGAAACAGACUGGUAUGGACCAUCUGGCAGGCUGGGGGGAUAUUGCAAAGUCUUCUUUGGAAAAAAGACUAUAACUAGAUCAUCUCUAAUUCAAUUGUGUGAAUCUAGCUGUAAUCUCCACUUAUCUUGUACGUCCUGCUGAGUUAAAAUGUGACUUCUAAGUAUGAAUUUUAUUGAACAAAUGUUAAGAUGCCAAGUAUCUCCUAACUAUGCCUUACACCAAAGCCUGCUAUUUUAUCAAUCAAUGCUGUCUUCCAAGCUGUUAGAUCACCGCACUGGAAUACUUCUGCAAAUGUAGGUGGGGAAGGGAUUUUGCAUUGCUGCCAAAAAAAUGUUUUUCUUGAAUGGAUUUUGCAUAAAGUGUGUGUACCGGCUGCGCAGUGUUAAGAGCUGGGAACAAAGUGUAACAAAAUCAGUGUGCCUUUAUGUGAUAAAACAAUAAUAAAAAUAAUCAAAUGAU